AUGGCGUCGACAAAUUCCGUUAAUUUCGACGAGGAUCAGUACCGCAGGGAAGUCCUUUCCCUGUCGUCUGAGGAGGAGGAAAUCGCGCAACAGCAACGGCUGGCAGAGGAGGCCAAAGAGCUAGGGCUCAAGGUUCCGGAAGUCGAGAUUGUAGCCUCUCUGGCCGCCUCGAUUGCAUCAGGAUUGGUCGAUUUUUCCUCCCCGAUCCUCUCCUCUAGUUCGUCGACUGGUCGCAACUCGAUGUACGAACCUGCGCACGAUUCUCCAGCUCUCGAGCAGCUUGCCACGUCUCUUUCUGAAUAUACCAUCUCGUCCAACCCGCCGGCUAGAGGCGGGAGCACCCGCUCCACUGCCUCGCUUUCGACACGCCCGACUUCUUAUAGUUCGAGCGAGGGAAGACUGGCCCAAGGAACCGACGGAACUGCGAUGAGGUCAUCUGGAAAUAACGGCUCGUUAUUGAGUGUAAUAUCAGGGAGCGAUAAGAAAAAGGAAAGACGGCGAUCAGGUAUCAAAUCUGCGAUUGACAAAAUACCCUUUCGGAAACGUAGGAGAACGCCUUCUACGGUACUUUUACCGCCCGCUGCGCACGUUACUUUUACGAAGAGCGAGGGAGGUGUUGAAAAGCUCUACGUGGAGUCCAAACCAGACGAGGCGAGGCUGUCAAUAUCUCCAGAAAACAAGGAGGAACCACUGAAACUCGAGGUCCCAGUGUUCGACAAUGAGGCUCUCUUGCGAAGCCUUGCAAACUCCGAACUGAAACAGCUGCGGGAAAGUCAAACAUCAGAAAGAAACCUUCACGUCUCAUUUCAGACUAAUCUCAUCAAUGGGCUCCGUCGAUCACAGCAGCCGAAAGUUGAGGAGAAACUGGCGCAAAACCGCCAGUUGGAGAAUGAAAAGCGCGAAAAGAACGUAGCGGACGCCGCUCGCAUGGAAGAAAGGCAACUCGUUGUGGAAAUGGAGCAAGUGCGCGAAUUCGAAAGGGCUAAAGCCAACUCCCGCACACGCAUCAAGUACAUGGAGGGAUAUCUUAGCAGCUCAAGCCCCCCAGACUCGCGCUCGCCCUCCCUCUCAGGGUCCGAUCUGACAACCCCUAGCCGCAGCUUCACACAACAGCACAAAGCCCAGCUGGCGCAGGAAUACCACGAUUACGAGUCCAUGUCUCAACUCCACGCCGCCAAAAUAAAAGUCCUCAGAGACCGGCAAGAAAUCCGUCUGCAGGAAGCGAUCGCUCGGAUGGAUAGAGAACUCGACUGUAUGACCAAGAAGCAUGCGGCCGAACUAAGCGAGCUCCAGAAGGAGCACCAGCAGGAAGAAGCAACCAUACUGCAAGCACUCAAUGCGAAGAAGACGAAACUUCGCCAGAAAUGGGUGCUGGAAGAGGCAAUUCUACGAAAGAAACUCGAAAUCCAGGACGGAAAGCCCUACGGGCCCCUACCGCCGCUCUCAUUUUCAGACUCGCAGUCCGAGACCCGCGACUCGGCCAUCUGCGUCUCAGACCCAGACGGCGAGACUGAAACAGACGCCUCAUCCCAACGCAAGAAGGAACCUUGA